AUGAUUCUGUUGCCCCCGGGCACCUGUUUACUGCAGCGUACCUGGGGUUCGAUCCUGGCAUAUCGGGUAUUUGGCCGGAGGGUGGCCGACUUCGGUUUUGUUACGAUCAAUAACAAGCCUGCUCUUCGUGCCUUCCAGGACGUUUUGGAUGCCCCCCAUGGUCAAUUGUAUGGGGAUCAUGUCAUUCUAAAUGAUCGGUACGAGACGCAGAGAGUCCUGGGAGCCGCAUCGCAUCGUCUGUUAUCUUGCCAUGAAUUCCAUGUCGUGAACAAUGGUUCAUCGGUGUUGAUUGAAACGCCCGUGUAUAUCCCAGCUGACCUCUCGGCGUAUGGAGGCGACGAAGAGCAUACCUGGAUCGUAACGAAUGGCUUUCAAGAGCUAGACAUAGAGACCAUGGAGCUCCUCUUUAAAUGGUAUAGCCUAGAUCAUGCCAAUCCCAAGUAUCGUCUCAUCUUACAUGGCACUCCUGCAGACAGUAAAUUCCCUCUCGCCAACGACGGUGUAUUCAGUGGCCUCUCCUCCGCGGAUGCGUGGAAUUACUUCCACAUCAACAGCGUGGACAAGGAUGACGAAGGUAAUUAUGUGAUUUCCGGGCGUAACUAUGCCGUGAUAUUCAAGAUCAACGGCACGGACGGCAGCGUGAUUUGGCAAUUGGGUGACGAGCACGGGUCGACCUUUGACAUCCCGCUCGAUGUGGAAUUUGGCUAUCAACACCGCGCUCGAUUUCGGUACCGCUCUCCCGAUGGCACGAUUGAUCACAUCUCCUUCUUUGACAAUGCCAGACCCAGUGUGCCUGGCCACGUCUUGAAUCCCUUCUCCCGACCACGCUUCGUGGAAUUGAACCACACGGCGGGGACUGCGAAAACCCUGCAUACUUACCCGGCCCUAGAUCAAUUCGCGGAGAAUGGAACUGUUCUAUUCCCUGCAUAUCUGGACUCACGCCCACAGGUCAAUGUCCAGAGCUACCGGGGAUUCCACAGUGAAUGGAAGGGCUCCUCUCGCGAGGAACCUGCGGUGGUGGCGUUGCUGGAUCAUAACAAUAAACUUCGGGUUUUUGUUUCCUGGAAUGGCGAGACACAGGCGGCCGCUUGGAAUUUCUACCUCGUUCGCGACCAGGACAGUCGAAGAGAUAUAGAACCCAUGGGCUCGUCCAACCGGACCAGCUUUGAAACCAGUUUUGAGGCCACUCUCGUACACUCGGAUCAUGAGAAACUCUCCGUCAUAGCGGAGGCGUUGGAUUUUAGUGAUCUUACUACUCAUGGCCAUGAGUGUAAAACCUCUCUAGUCGUUGAUUCUAACGGCUCUGAAUCGCACCAAGAAGCCCAAGAAGAUUGGACCAAAAAGCAGGAGGCGCGCGCCCGCCGCAAAGUUGAUUCCACUAUCCUACUGAUUCUUGCCCUUGCAUUCUUUGCACUUCAGAUCGACCGAGGCAACAUUAGCGCCGUCCUAAUAUCAACCGUCACCGAAGACUUACAUAUUACCACUGAUCAGAUUAAUGUUGGAACUCAACUCCUUUCUGCCGGAAUUGUCAUCAUGGAGAUCCCAUCCAAUAUUCAUUUGCACAAAGUUGGACCAAAAACCUGGCUUUCCUUUCAACUUCUCGCAUGUGGGCUUGUCGCUACUUUCCAGGCUUUCGUAUCGAGUUAUUCCGCAUUUCUUGCCACUCGUCUGUUACUCGGUCUCCUUGAAGGUGGUUAUAUUCCAGCUGAGGGCUUGAUGACCACCGUGAUAAGUCUGAUAUUUCUGCUCCUGCUGCCCUCCAAGGUCGGGGACGGACGCCCGCUCUUCGACAUAGGUGGGUGGAGCUAUUUCUCCGAACGAGAAUCGUAUAUCAUCAAAGCCCGGGUUGCCAAGGAGUCAGCCAACCAAGGGGCCGACAAGGUGAAGCUGAGCGGGAAGGAUAUCUGGCACACCGUGCGCCAGCCGAGUAUUAUCCAGCACUGCGUUAUGACCUUGGUCUCGAUGACAGCACUUUCCGGUUUGACAUAA